AUGUGUGGGAGAGCUUCCACUCUCCAGUUGCCUGCUGUAUCCCCCUGGACCCAGCCCAGGACCUCUUGUAAGCUUGUGCCCGACAACUACCAGAAUCUUCUAGCCCUCGUUUUUGCCAGUGAAGAGAUCAACAGGAAUCCCCACCUUCUACCCAACAUAACUCUGGGAUAUGAGUUUCACCCAAUACAUUAUGGUCACUGGAGGCUGCUGGAGAGUUUCUUCAGACUGCACACAGGACACAGUGAGGUCCCUAACUAUACCUGUAGGAAAGAGAGCAAGUCUGUAGCAGUCCUAACAGGAACAAGGUCAAAUGCUGGAAAAAGUGCAACACUGCUGGAGCUCUACAAGUUUCCACAGUUCAGCUUUAGCUCAUUUGAUCCCACAUUCAAUGACAAAGGCCAGUUUCCUUCUCUGUACCAAAUGGCCCCCAAGGACACGUCUCUGGCCACUGCCAUGGUCGCCUUGAUGCAUCAUUUCAGCUGGACCUGGGUAGAACUGGUCAUCGCAGAAGGUCAGAAAGGUCUUCAGUUUCUCUCAGAUGUGAGAGCAGAGAUGGACAGGAAUGGAGUCUGUGUGGCAUUUGUGACAAUAAUCUCAAAUUCAUUUGCAUCUCAACUGGCUGUGCAGAAACUAGAUUUCCUGAGCAGGGAAACACCACUAGCAAAUGUUGUUGUCCUUUACUAUGACACAGAGAGUCUGAAUGAUGUAAACUAUCAGAUAGGUCAGUAUGUAGUGACAUGGAGAGUCUGGGUCACAAACUCACAGUGGCAUGCUGACUCAUCUGGAAGAAAUUUCAUACUUGACUCAUUUCAUGGGACUCUCAUUUUUUCACACCACCGAGAGGAGAUUCCAGGCUUUAAAACCUUCAUCCACUCAGUGAAACCCUCCAAAUAUCCAGAAGACAUGUUCCUCACUCUGUACUGGUUCCAGAAUUUUCAUUGCUCAGUGUCUGAUUCUGAUUGUGCAUUGAAGAACUGCCUACCUAAUGCUUCUCUGGCAUGGCUGCCUGUGAAUCAUUUUGACAUGGCCAUGAGCGAUGCGAGCUACAAUGUAUACAACGCUGUGUAUGCUGUGGCCCACGCCCUCCAUGAGAUGCUCCUUCAGCAAGUUGGAAUAAAACCAAUCAGAAACGGAGACACAGUGGUGUUUUCUGCCUGGCAGCUACAGUCUAUUCCCCUGCACCCCUUUCUGAAAAAAAUGAAGUUUAAUAAUCCUACUGGAGACCUAGUGAAUUUAGACAAGAAAAGUAAUGAGACAAAGUAUGACAUUCUCAACGUUUGGAAUUUUCCUGAAGGUCUUAGACAUAAAGUGAAAGUUGGAGAGUUUUCCACUCUUGUUCCACAUGGGCAACAAUUAUUUUUAUCUGAGGACAUGAUAGAGUGGGCCACAGGAAUUACAGAGACUCCCUCUUCUGUAUGCAGUGAGAGCUGUGAUCCUGGAUUCAGGAAAUCUCCACAAGAAGGAAGAGCGGCCUGCUGUUUUGAUUGCACCUCCUGUUCAGAGAACGAGGUCACCAAUAACACAGAUAUGGAACAGUGCAUGAAGUGUCCAGAUCAUCAGUAUGCUAACAGCCCAAAAAACCAUUGUUUGCAAAAGCUUACAAUAUUUCUGAAUUAUGAAGUCCUGCUGGGGAUGACUCUGCUUGGUGCAGCCCUAAGUCUCACUGUCUUCACAGUUGUCAUUCUCGGACUAUUUAUAAAGCAUGGAGACACUCCCAUCGUCAAGGCAAAUAACAGGGGGCUUAGCUACACCCUCCUGGUCUCCCUCACUUUCUCUUUCCUCUGCUCCUUGCUCUUCAUUGGCCGUCCCAGCACAGCCACCUGCAUCCUCCAACAGACCACAUUUGCAUUUGUGUUCACUGUAGCUGUUUCUACCGUCUUGGCCAAAACAAUUACUGUAGUACUGGCCUUUAAGGUCACUGGCCCAGGAAGAAUGAGGCAGUUGCUGCUAUCAGGGGCACCAAACUGCAUCAUCCCACUCUGUACCCUGAUCCAACUCACACUCUGUGGCAUCUGGAUGGGGACAAAUCCACCCUACAUUGACACAGAUACACACUCUGAACAUGGCCACAUCAUCAUCGUGUGCAACAAGGGCUCCCUCACUGCCUUCUACUGUGUCCUGGGAUACCUGGGCUCCCUGGCCAUGGUGAGCUUCCCUGUGGCUUUCCUGGCCAGGAACCUGCCUGACACCUUCAAUGAAGCCAAGUUCCUGACGUUCAGCAUGCUGGUGUUCUGCAGCGUGUGGGUCACCUUCCUGCCUGUGUACCACAGCAGCAAGGGGAAGGCCAUGGUGGCCAUGGAAGUCUUCUCCAUCUUGGCCUCUGGUGCAGGGCUGUUGGGCUGCAUCUUUGCCCCUAAAUGCUUCAUUAUUUUGUUAAGACCAGAGAGAAAUUCUUUAUAUGGACUCAGGAGCAAAAUAAAAUCUUGA